AUGCUCGUCAGAAUCAAAGAUGCUCGUAGCAUUUCUUUCGCCCGAGCAGCGGCCAUUUCCGGAGGUCUCACCCUACGGCCGUGCGUGAAGAAGUCUGUGCGGCGCCGUGCGUGGAAAGUGCGCGGGGGUCGUCCCGGAAGCCCUGCGGGCCACGACCGCAGGGACCGCAGGGACCGCAGGGUGGCCGCAGGGACGUCCAGUGGGCACGCCGUCGCAGCCGAUGCCCGGGCGAUCUUUUGGGGUCAUCUCAACGUCAGGCGCUGGUUGCUCUGCACGGGUGAAGAGAGCGAAGAUCUACUUGGAGGUCGACGCUGCGUCCUAUCUGCCCUGGCGGAUUUAGCCGCUAGCCCCUUGGAGAAGAGGUCCAUUGAUGACCUCAUCCAACUGGGAAAAGCGUCCCACAAGGAGCGCGCCCUACAACUGCACGAGACUCUGAAGGUCGGUCUUGCCAGAUGUGCCAUGAGGCUCACCAACAUGCCUUUGGGCUUUUGCCACGCCCCAAGCAUCCGGCGCGUCUCACUGACGUAUGUGCAAAACUUCAAGCAGGUCAUGGACUUCGAAGACAAGGAAGGUCGGUCAGGCCUCUGCAGUGAGGAGUACAAUGCGAUUACCAAUGGCAUCUUCAAUCAGCAUCGCGGCACCAUGCUGGAUGUGGCCAAAGGUGUCUUUGAGUUCAAUGAGGAUUUGAAUCAGCUCUUUGGACCCGACUUGGAACUGGCGGAGUUGAGACAUUUGCAACUCAUACAGGACAUCGAAGAUUCCCUGGAUGAAUUCUUCACCAAUCGCUUGACCUUACGCUUGAUGAUCUCGCACAUCCAAGCCCUCAAUGCCAAUAAGAACGUGAACAGCGACGGGGAGGCGAUGGUGGGUGUUGUGAAUGUUAGCACUCACCCCAUCACCAUUCUCUCGCGAGCGUACGUCGCGACGCGCUUCAUGUGCAUGAGAGAUUUUCAGACCGCACCAGAGCUUCUGGUGAACGGCACGAUGCAUGACGAAUAUGUUCAACAGGGGUCCAUGGGAAGGGGCGGAACAGCCAUACCGAACGAGACGUGCGUGAUCCAGCCAGAGCGCAGUCGCCCUCUGUGGAAGUGGGAUACGCUCUGUGCCUUUUUGCUCGUCCUAGUGGCGAUCUUGACACCUUUUGAAGCCGGCUUUUUGGAGGGCGACCUCUUCUCCUGGAUGGGAAUUUUCAAUAUCAUCACCAAUCUCUUCUUUCUGAUCGAUAUGCUCAUGCAAUUCUUUAUCGCAUAUCCCAUUGAGACCAGAUAUGGUCCAAGAUGGAUACUUCAGAAACGCCUCAUUGCGGUUCGAUAUUUGAAAGGCUGGUUCGCCAUUGAUUUGGCGAGCACUUUACCCUUGGACUACUUGUCUCCGGGCUCGGGCCUGGGCUUGUUGCGGACCAUACGCCUGCUCAGGCUUUUGAAGCUCCUCCGUUUGGCACGAGGCAUCCGUGUGGUUCGGAGAUAUCAGGCUGAAUUCGGACUCUCGUACAGAAAGAUGACACUGUAUCUUCUCUUUUUCUCGGUGCUGGCGGUGUCUCAUUGGCUUGCCUGCACUUUGGGCAUCGUGCACAAAUUUGCGAUCGAGCAUGAGAUUUGCAGUCGUCUGGACUUGGAAGAAGGCCGCACUGAUUGCUCUACCAGUUGGCUGACCGAAGGCAUGCGAUACCAUGCUGACUGGGGCGACUCCGAAAAUCCCACGGUGGAUAUCUUCGAGGCUUACAUCAUGGCGUUCUACACAGGUAUCACCAUCUUGGUCCAUCCACAUGCGCAUGAGGCAACAGGCACUGGAGAGCGUUUGCUCUUCACAAUUUUGCUUCUCAUUGGUGGAUUCAUGUGGACGCAAGUCAUUAGUAGAUCGACAGCCAUUGCCUCAUCCUUAAAUGCUCAUCAGCUGGCGCAUCAGCAAACCAUGGACGAUUUGAACAACAUCGCCAACAGGCUGAGUUUAUCUUUCGAUAUGAAAGUCCGGCUGCGGAAGUUCUUUUUACGGUCCCAAGCUCAACACGAGUAUCAGGCCUGGCAAGAGAUCCUGAGUCGGAUGUCUCCACAGCUACGUCGGGAUACCUACCGUGAGGUCAAUGUGCAUUGGGUGAAGAAGGUGCGUUUCUUUGAUGGAUGUUCAACCAGUUUUCUUACUGGUAUUGCGGAGAUCCUGGAAAUCAAGAUGUUUGCAGAACAGGAGCACUUUGGGCAACUGUUUCAUAUGUACAUUAUGAUGGGUGGCACUGCAUCGAGAGUGAUCAAUUUCAAUCUGUUGCUCCCCGGGAUGAUUUGGGGAGAGGACCAUCUGCUUCUCUCCAAUCCGGACUUGGUUUGUAGCAACAUUGCCGUGUCACUGACUGUGGUGGAGGUCCAGGAGCUUUCCAAGGAAGGCUUUGACUCUGUCUUGCAAGACUUCCCCGAUCAUGCGCAGAUCUUGCGUAGGGAAGUCGUGAAGUUCAUUGUCAUCCGUGGCGUCAAGCGAUUCGCCCACUUGACUCUCCAGGCCAGAGAGAAACAGGAGGGACUUACAAGAUCUCCGACUGCAAGUCCUGCCUCUGCAUGGAACAAGCGUUUGAGUGGGGAUGACACCGAGAAAAGUGCGACAAGUCCAGAAUUGAAUCAUGGCGAAACUCUGGAGCUGGAUGGAAAUGCUCAAAGCGUCAUCGAUGGUGCCAGACUGAUCAGCAUGCAAUACAAUGCUGCAAAACACCGCUUCAGCAAAGACCUGGCAAAGAUACCAAUAUCAUCCCAGUCAAUCUCUGGCGGAUCAAAGCUGAGAAGCGAGUUUCGGAGGAGUCAAGUGAAGCGAGAAUCGCAGGGCAAGAGGAAACCGAUUCACGAUGCGGGGACGGCGGCGGCUGUUGCAUGGUAUUCUCCCAUGGAUGCCGCAGCUGCAGCGACUGCUGCUGCAGUUCAAGCAGCUGAUUCUACACUUGGAGAGAAAUUCACAGAUUGGAACAUGCGCCAAGACGAGUUGGAAGAGAGCGUCUUCUCCCGCCUGGACGAACUCAGUGAGUUGAUGGAAAGUAGACCUGAAGAACUGCCAAUUCCAGAUGAUGAAGAGGGUGUAAGUGAAGGGGAGGGUAAAGCGAAUAGCCCGGAACCCCUUGAAGAUGUCAAAGCCCCGAAGUCAAAGGAAGCAGAAGGUCCAAAGCCAGGCAAACAACCUAGCAGGGAAGCAAUGACAAGGAAGAGGUCUCGAAGUGCGCCGAGGAGCCGGAAAGAGAAGUUUGAGGAAGAUCAAGAUGAUCAAGGGUCGAAGUUUCACACCCCAGCCAGUUGGGAGAACCCAACGGGGAAGGGAAGGGGUGGGGGGACUAGUGGUGGCAGGGAAAUCCAAAGGAGCACGGGGAGGGUGGAAGCCAAAGAGGAGUUGGCAAGUCAAUUGCAGCAAGACAUUGAAAGGGCAAUGUUUGCGCAACUUCGACAAGAAAAGGAAGAGCUCCAGCAGCAGGUUAGCAGGCUGGAAGCCAAGCUGCAACAGCAGGGCAAGCACAAAGCCAGACGCAGCACCCCGCAGUGUGCACCUGAGGAGCCCACACUGCAAUCAAAGACACCACCCCACAGCACCCCGCAGUGUGCACCUGAGGAGCCCGCACUGCACCCCAAGACACCGCCCUAUGGCAGAAAGCAGUGUGCACCUGAGGAGCCCACACUGCCACCGAAGACACCACCCCGUCCACCCCCAGAGGACCUGCCCCCAUUGCCGGACUGGCCGGAGUCCUUCGGCUUCUAUGAGAUGCAUGAGGAUGAAGGUAGGAUAAAAAGAAGGGUGAAAGAUGUUGAGGACUUCCAACAUGCAGAGCACUGCAUGGACAGCUCAAGUGAAGAAGCAGCACAGGAACGAGCAGAGAGGAGGCGCUAUUGGCAAGCUCCAGUUUUGAAGGAAGAAGACACAAGGUCAGCAAGAGGAGCCGAAGUAGCCUCACUGAUGAAGCAAGCAGCACAAGGCAUGGGUCAGAAGAUGUAUACCCAGAGCGAGGUGGAUAAGAUGAUGCGAGAAUUUGAGGAGACAAGAAAGGCAGAAGAAGAGCGCACAAGGAGAGGUGAAAGAGGCGAUGAAGGACUGAGGAGCUUUCAGGUGACGUUGCCUCCUCUCCCAGAGCCACAAGUGCACAACGCAUCACUUGAAGCAGGAGACUGGUUAACCCAGAUCAAGCCACUUAUCUCAGAUGUCAGUGUGCAUGCAUCUGAGUGGUGGGAGGCGGUGUUGAAGGAGACAGACAAGCAAUACCAGCAGUGGCUAACAGCAGCCCCCCUGGACAAGCUCAAAGUGACCCCGCCAAACACAGAACAGUUAGUGCAAGGGCAUGAAAGGUUGGCACAGAGGAUUGCCGUCCUUCUCAUGCAAGCACUGCCCCCAGGUCUGCGCCAAGAGAUGGUGUCAGCAAGACAAAUGGAUGCCCCCAACAUCCUAUUUCGCAUCUACAAAACAUACCAGCCAGGUGGGUUAGCAGAGCGGAGGCACACCCUCAGCCAACUCACCAACACAGCUACAGCAGCCACCCCGACAGAAGCAGUGGCAUCACUCCGGUUGUGGAGGAGACAAGCACAAAGAGCAACAGAACUGAAAGCUACCAUGCCUGAUGCCGUACUGCAAGUACGUGCACUCACAGCCAUCAUGGAAGGCCUCUUAGCGAAAGAUUCACAGGCAUCCUUUCGCGUCAGCUCACACCGCAUGGCCAAUGGGAUUGACGUAGCACCCACGGAGGAGGAUAUUGGGUUGUUCUACGACCUUCUCUUGGCAGAAGCAGAGCACAUGGUGACAAGCACAGCAACACAGGCAGACCUGGGAACAAGUGACAACAAACCCCAGGAGGAGUGGGCACAGGCAAGCCCAGUGAGUGUCAAGUUAGCAGCAGGAGAAACACAGAUGAGACAGUGUAGUGACACCACAACACUCCUAGUUGAAGAACCAGUACAAGCAAUUAUCCCAGUGGCCAAGGUCAUUGACUUGGGAUACGUGGUGCACUGGGAUCGAGAUGCGUGUCGGAUAGAGCAUGUCCGACAUGGAAGGAUCCCAGUCGAGAUGAGCCAAGGUUGCCCAACAGUACCCCGAGAGUGGGGGGAGAAGCUCAUGGAAGAGGUUGAAGAAGCCGAGCGAAAGAAGGGGCGACUGAGAGCCAUUAUGAAGCUAGAUGUGCUGGCAGAAGAUGAACAUGAAAAGCGCAUCGCCGAGUUGAAGGCAACGUUCCCACAGGUGCCAAUCAGGAUCUUAGAAAGGAUCCCGGGGGAGAAGGAGUGGGACCCAGACCAAGUCCCAUUCAACAGGCAAAAAAGGAGGCAAAUUGAACAGGCCAAGAUGAUAGUGAUCAACAUGUGUUCUGGCCCCAACACAGAAAGAUGGAAGGAAGUCGAGAAGAAACAAGGGGUCGUGGUUCUCAACUUAGAUGUGUUGUUGGGAGUCAACGUGAUGGAUCCACAUGUUGGAGGAUGGCUGGAAAGCCUGAUCGCCACAGGCAAGGUGGUGUUCUGGACAGCAGGUCCGCCAUGCCGAACAGUGUCAUUCUGCCGUCAACGAGGAUUAGUAGACGGUGGGCCCAAGCCCGUACGAGCAAGAGAAGGACCCCUGAGGUUUGGGUUACCCAACAUAACAGCAAGCAUGCAAGAGCAAGCAGACCACGACACAGCAUUGUGGCUGAAGAACUUGUGGUACAUGAAAUUGGUCAAGCAGGCCAACCCGCAAGCAGAAGUCAUGGUCGAACAGCCCCGCGACCCGGCAGAAUGGCAAACCCAAGUUCAGGAUUGCCCCACCUUUUUGGUGUGGCCAGAAACGGCGCAGGUUAUGAAGGAUCUGCAACUUACACCAGUCAAGUUUUGCCAAGGAAGCAUGGGACACCCUACAGCAAAACCUACUACAAUCCUCACAGACGUGCGGGAAUUACAGCACCUGCAAGACACACCAACAGGAGCACACAGCAAGCAAUGGCCAGAAGACUUGAGGAGCCGAGUGGCCAUGUCCAAGACACUUGCAGCAUGGGCGCCUGGACUGGUGGAAGUGAUCAAGAUAGCCAUGAAAAGAAAGGUGGAGGAAAGUCCAGGACUGAAAGCCAUCAGUGCCAAGGAAAGGGAAGCCAUCCGAGAGUGGCGAACCCACGUGGAUAUGAACCACAUGCCGUAUCGCAAGGAUUGCGGUAUAUGUGUGGAAGCCAUGGGCAAGGAUCGCCCACACAGGAGGCAAAGAAAUCCAGCCCCCUUCACACUGUCAUUGGACAUUGGUGGUCCAUUCGUAGAAGGAGUGGACCAAGUGAAUUACCACAAACCCAAGUAUAUCCUCAUUGGUGUGAUGACAAUACCAAUGUGGAAAGGUCGACCAAUGGUGGAGGGCUUGAGAAAGUUGGGAGGCGAUGAAGAGCCUAUGGAGGAGUUGCCUCGGCCACCUGAGGAGAGUGAAGUAGUUCUCUCAGGAGAACUUGAGGAGGAGGACGGAGCAGAACCCAGCAGUCCCCAGCAAGAAGCCCCCGGCAACCCCCAGCAAGAUGCAGCCCCCGGCAGCCCCCAAGCACCAGCAGACUCAGAUGACCUGGACCCGUUCCAGGGUCAAGAUGAUAGACAAGCCGAAGAAUCUGAAGCCCGCAUCAAAGACUUGGAUGCACAGAACCAGAAGUGGAAGGAGUUCAUGGGAGGAGGCACCGACUUCACAGUCAAGUCCCUCACCAUGGCGGUGCCCAUCCGAGCUCGGAGGGCCAAGGUAGCAAUCAAAGGCUUGGCUCAGAUUGUGGCCAGGCUAAGGGCCAUGCACAUCCCCAUCACACGCAUCCACACAGAUCGUGCCCAAGAAUUUUGUGGCAAGGAGUUCCAGCAGUGGCUGGAAAACAGAGACUUAUGGCACACAACAACAGCAGGCGACGAGCCAUCAGCCAAUGCCCGAGCAGAAAACCAUCUUAAACUGCUCAAAGGCCGUACACGCACACUGAUGAAGACGGCACAAUGUGAGUUGACUUACUGGCCAUUGGCGCUCAGGUAUGCGUCGGAGGAGAGGUUCAGAAGUCAGCUCAGAGAGUGUGGUGUACCGGCACCCCCCAUGUUGCCAUUUGGCAUCCGAGGGUAUGCGAAGAAGAAGGCAUGGCAGGACAAACACGCCAUGUGGCGAGCACCAAUGAUGGGCGUUAGAGUGUGGGGCCCUGCAUGCGACAUGAGCAUGACAAGCAAAGGAUACUUCCUGCAGGUGGAAGGUACCAACCAGUUUAUGAGAUCCACAGUGAUCAUCAUCCCCAAGCAAUCCCCAACGGUGCUUGAUCCCGUCAAUGGAGGAGCCCCGGGAGCACCACAUCCACAACAACACGCAGGUGUUGUUGAACCCCCACAGGCAAAUGCAGGAGUUGAUGAAGCGCUCCUUUACUCCCCAUCCCUGGGCCCUGAUGACAUCGAUCAUCCAGGAGACCUCCUGGAUGACAACCCCAACCCGGGGGAGCUUGAACUAGCCCCCCAUGACCCCCCAAGAAGACGGGUCAAUGGCAAAAAAGGCCCCCAGUUCUAUGAUGGACGGCCCUUUGAACCAACUUUGCGGCAUCUCAAAGUCGGGGGGGAGUGGGAGGAAGAAGAGGAGUGGAGGCAAUGGUACAAGCAAUGGAGGAGGUGCAACAAAGCAAAAGAUUUGGCGGUGAUGGAACAUGAUGGUCUAGUGACGUGGAUCAAAGAAGAAAGACAAACAGCAAGGGAUCCACAAACACUACAGGUGAUGUUGGAAGCUGAACAGAAGCUCAACCAACUUGAAGCAACAUUGGAGCGUGAAGCAAAAAUCAGCAAGGUCAGCCUGGAACAGGAAGCUGAAGAAGAGGUGCUCCAAACAAGAGUGAUCCCGUUAGAGGAAGUGAAACGGGACAUGGCAAGUUGGAAGCCCGUGUUUCAGAAGGAAUAUGAUGCAUUGGUGGCUGGGCCGGUUACUCCCAUCUUUGAAAAGGAAUGGAGAGAGAUGGAAAGACAAGAAGUGCCGGUAGAAGUGUUACCAGCCAAAGCAAUUGCAUCAAAGAAACCACCCAACCGAAAGAAAGGUAGAGUGGUGGUGUGUGGAAACUUCACAGAAGACAGAGAUGGACAAGAUGUGUCAGUAGGUGGAGUGUGUGCCAUGGCAGUAAGAGGAAUGGUCCAUGUCGCCACAUGCAAACAAUGGGCCAUAGGAUCCAUUGAUGUGACAGGGGCAUUCCUACAAGCACCUAGAAGGCAGAAAGCAACAACAAGCAUAGUUCAGCCACCACGACUGCUCCACCAGUUGGGCAUCACAAAAACAGACGAAAGAUGGCGCGUAAACUGCGCACUCUACGGGUUUGUUGAAAGCCCAGCAGAUUGGGCGGCGUGUCGUGAUACAGAGCUAAAAAAAAUGACUUGGGAAGAAGGUGAUUGGUUUUAUUGGCUAGAGAGAAGUCCAGAACAGCACCUAUGGAAGGUCAAGAAGGCGAAGAAAAUGCAGAAGGAAGGAGAACAAGGCGCCACAGCAGGCUGGAUAGCUGUGUACGUGGAUGACUUUCUGGUCACAAUGCCAACCACAGAGAUUGCAGCAGCAUUCCGCAGAAUCAAAGAAACAUGGAAAUGCUCAGAAGAGGAGUAUGUGGUUCAAGAACAUGCGAUGAGGUUCUGCGGAUAUGAAUUGAGGAAAAGAGAAGAUGGAGGAAUGGAGCUCACCCAAGAAGGGUACAUCACCGACAUCCUACAGAAGUAUGGAGUCAGCAGCACCGAGAACACACCAGUACCUAAGUUUGAGGAUGCGGAGGAUGAACAAGAGCCUCCCAUUGCCAUCAUCAAGGAGGCACAGGCUUUGUGCGGAGAACUGCUAUGGAUUGCUGGCCGAACUAGGCCGGACGUGGCUUAUGGAGUAGGGUUGAUGAGUCGGCUUAUACACCGGCGGCCUACUCUAGUGGUUCAAAUUGGCCACCAUAUGCUGCGCUACCUUCACGGCUCUAGCCACUUGGGCCUAGUGUACAAGCCGGUGAAGGAAACUGAAGAGGAGUGGAAAAGAUUGAAAGUUCUUGCGGACACAUCGUUCGCACCACCCCAUGAGAAAUAUCGGUCAGUGCAGGCAGUAGUGGUGGAGCAUGGAACAAACAUCCUAGCAUGGCAGAGUGCUAGACAAGCAUUCAUCACGCAUAGCACAGCAGAAGCAGAACUGGUAGGGUAUAGCGAGGCGUUUCAAAUUGGAGAAGCGACGUCAGCUUUGCUCCAAGUGCUUGAGAUUUGUGCUUCAAAGAGUUUGAUAGGAGAUUCAAAAGCAGCACUAGCACAGCUCCUGGGUGACACAGGACCUUGGCGCACGAGGCAUUUGCGGCUGAGAUCAGCCAAACUUCGAGAAGCUCUUCGUGGUCCAGGUGUAGGAGGGUUUCAGCCACGCAUUUGUGCGUUGCGUCCGGACGGGCAAAGCCAUGGAAGAAGAGGUGGCAUAGCCGAUCGGGGUCGAGCUGCAAUGCCGUUGUUGAAUCAGAGAAGACAAGCAGCUGCAGAGUUAUCGGUGCCGUCACCGGCCAGCAACCACAGUGAAGAGCUGGAAAUCGGACAUGAAUUGCAAUCAGUGCAGGAAUUGCAAUCAAUGCUUGCGAGCCUGGAACUGCAACCUGAGCCUGAACGGGAGAACCCGUCUGGGAGUGGUAGUGCAGAACAGCCAUCGAAUGAAUCGCAUGAACAGAGACAAGAGGAAGCAGCCGAACCGUGGUUGCUGCCCCAGUUUCAGACCAUCCAGCGCUCCAGCAAGGACCAGUGGAAUUUCACCCUGUGGGAUCAGGGUUGGGCCAUCAGAGAACAUCGAAAGCAUCGAGUUCGUGCUUUCCAUCCAGUUCAUUCAUCCACACCUUUUGACUGUGCAAUCCUGGAUAGUGAGAGAGUCACUAGAAAAGUUUGCCCACGAGAAGAAAUAGUCACGGAUCAGUGGACAGCUGCCAACGCGUGGCGUGGAGAGGAAAUGCUUGAGGAACAGCAGGAGCUCAUGUUAUUUUUCAAGCAGAAGAUGGCCCAAGAAAGUCUACGAGAAGAAGUUCUCAAUGAUGAGGAGAAUGGCACCAGGCCUUCUCAGUCUGCCAGAUCUUCGACGUCGAGUCGCUUUAGAAUGUUUCAGACGUUACCCAGUGUCCCAAAGAAGCCGGACCUGAGACCAGACAGUGAUGAUAUGCCGAAAUUCCAAACCUUCCAUCAGGACAGGAGUUGA